AUCAGUCGGAAGAGAAUAAAUAGCGGGGUUGUGUAUUCUGCAGUUUGGGUGGACGGUGCAAAAUUCGGCUCUCCCUUCAUUUGUGCGAUAUGUUGCAAUUUUCGUUGGGAAGCGUGUAACAUGGGAAAUAAUCUAGAUGAAGGAUUUGUGUGGAAUAGCACGGUGGUAUGAGUGAAGAACGAAUUAUGGGAAUAUGGUUGCUGCGACCUUAGUCUGAUUAUUCCGAUUGCGCAAAACGUCGUGGACCGAAUGUGCGCCCCUACUUUUGCUGACGGACUGCAGUCACCUUUAUUGGCGAAAGUAAGUUAAUAAUGACCUAUGACCUAUGAUGUUGCGAUAUUCAGAAAUACCACAUGAUUUUUCAGCAGAGGACAUAAAAUUUGUUGCAUUUAGGGACGAUUAUGCAUAUGAGAACUUCGAGAACGAUCCACGACAUGAAUCAAAUUUAGCGCAGGGCACUAUUUCUAGUCCUUAUAAGCUGAAAUUGAAAGCGAGUGCGGUAAAUGAUGAGCAUGUUAUAGACAAUAAUUCAGUGGAUAUGAAUAGAGAGGACAAAAGGAAUACCAAAGUAAAUAAAGUUCGUGACGCAAAAGGCAUACGGCGGAAAACUUCAGACGAAGUUUCCAUUGCGAACGCAAUGAACACUUCGUCUGGAUAUAAUGGCAAUGGAUCUUUACAAGCAGGAAAAACUCAGAGCUUACCACCGAACACUUCGAUGAAGGAUUACGACUCGGUCAUUUUGAAUGCACUUCGCGUGCCCGCAGAAGAUUUGGCUAGACAAAUUACACUUUUAGAUCUUCCUAUAUUUGCCGCAAUAUUGCCUGAUGAAUUGACAAGUUGUGGAUGGACGAAGAAAAAUAAACUGGAAACGGCACCGAAUAUUGUGGCAUUCACUAAACGCUUCAACAACACGAGCUUUUGGACGGUGCAAGAAAUUUUGAGUGGUCAAUCUGCGAAACAGCGAGCUGAAACAAUAAAUCAUUUUAUUAAAGUAGCAAAAAAAUUAUAUGAUCUCAACAAUUUGCACUCAUUGUUUGCAAUAAUUUCGGCGCUACAGAGCGCAAGUGUCUUUCGCCUAAAGAGGACGUGGUCGUGUCUUUCGAAGAAGGAUAAGCAAACUUUUGAUCGUCUGGCAGAUAUUUUCACAGAUUGUAACAAUUGGGAACUACUGCGAAAAUAUUUAGACAGCUUACGCUUGCCUUGCAUACCUUAUCUGGGCUUAUUUCUUACUGACCUAGUAUAUAUCGACCUAGCGCAUCCACAUUCUGGUGGGUUGGAAUCAGAGCAACGAAAAAAUAAAAUGAAUAAUAUUCUACGAAUAAUAUCAAAUUAUCAACAGUCGGACUAUAGUCACAUACAAGCUAACGAAGGCAUCCAAAGUUAUUUAAAAUCCAUUCGUUACAUUGAAGAGUUGCAGAACAUUUUUGAGGAAGAACAAUAUAAAAAGUCGUUAAUGUUGGAGCCGUUAUCGUCAGUUCCUAGUUCUUCGUCCUGCAGUUCAAAAGAAUCAUUCAGUGUGGACAUAUCUGGCAUCGCAUGUUUGAACCUGUCUCCCGCUAAGACUCUUGGGUCUCUGAGGAUACCGUCGACAUCCGGGUCAAAAUUCAUACCGACUCAUCGCAAAUGCCGCAGUCUUGGUUCAAAAUUUCGUAGUACAAGCUUACCUCGAAAUUUUGAUGAAAAAUGUCCGGUUAUCAUGAUUGCAUCAGGUUUUGGAACAAUCUCCAAUAAACGAUGUAAAUGUCGCAUAUUCGGAAAGGGGAAUGUACACCAGGUUAAUUCGCAAACGAUGUUGUAUGGAAGUGACACGGUUCAGCCCCGUCAUCUAUUAGAUGAUUCGGUAAUAGAGAAUAACGCAAAUGCAGUACAUUCGUGUGACACUAUUUCAAUAGAAAGUUCGGAUGGUGGAACUAGUCCAGUGGAAGGUGAUAGAGACGUUUUACUCAAUGAUAAUCAGCACAGUUUCCAGGGCUGCGUCAGACGAAAAACUGUAUUGAAAGACGGGAGAAAACCAGCAGUAGCAUCAUGGCAGAGAUACUGGUUACAGAUUUGGGCCAACUCUUUAGUUUAUUUUGCACCAAAGUCAUUUAAAGGUUCAGAGCGAAGCGACUUUAAACAUGAACCAUGUAAAGUUUGUCCUCUUGAUGGAUGGGCAACUAGACGGGUUGAUAAUCCUAAACAUAAAAACACGUUUGAAUUAGUGAAUUCACAAAUAGGAACGAUAUACAGAUUUCGGACGGAUUGCCCUCAAAUGAUAUUUUCUUGGAUGGAGAAAAUUCGUCUUGCUUCCCAGAAAAAUACGACUAAAUGUACAUCGAUAAACCUAAUGUCUUUUGAAUAAUGUUUUUUUAUUUAUGAAUGGUACGUAAAUACUUAAUUGGCUUACUCAUUUUACACAAGCGUCAAGUUAGGUGCCUGAUAAAGGUGUGUAUAGAGAUUAGCAUUAGUUUUAAGAAAAUAUUAAACUAUUCCGUGAUUUGAACGUACUCAUUGGAACUAUAUUUGUUGGAGGGUAUCACCUUCUAUACAAGAACUAGAAUCUUGCCAUUAAAUGCUCUCUUUUUUCUACAUGAGGUAAAAAUACCUAUUUACCAUACUAUAUAUGGGAAAUUAUAACAAAAACUAAUCUAGGACACUAAAUGUAAGUUUCUUUUUAUAUGAAUCUCGAUUAAUGUAGAGAGAGAUUCGAGGAAUAUAUGUGAUUAGACAAAACGAAUAUGAAUAAAUGUGAACAAAUUUUUACUCGUAAAA